AUGGAUCGAUCAAGCCAUCGCAGCAACACUCCGGAUAAUCGUUUGGUGCCACAAACCUCCUGGGAUCUGCGGACAUCGUCCCCAGCCGGAGAUGUGAUCCAGGCAAACAAAUCAGAAGAAUGGACGACUUCGAAAAAAACAGUCAAUCACAAGACUCGUCAGAUUGAAACUCGAGUGCAGCGACAGCUGGUAUUGGAGGAUGGGAAAGUCAUAGCGGACUCGGGCCCACAGGUCAGCCAGCGAACGCGAGAAGAUAACAAGGUGGAGGAGUCCGAGGACACCAACCAUAAGACUUCCGGAGAGCCGGAUCUCCCAUCAGGUUUCGUGAAAAUACCAGGUUCUGAGCGUGUGAUUGAUGACAAGACCACGACUCAUCACACCACCCGAGAGUCCCGCGAAGAAAAUAUCAAGAUGCACGACGAGGAUCAGCGGCAUCUUGAUAAUAUCGAUGGCGUACACAAACUCGCCCUAACGGGCAAUGAAGUCUCCCUGUGCGACCCCCAAAAGUUCAAGGGUAAAGUCACCCACUACAGCGCCCGCAGCAAGCGUAUCACCGACAAGGACCGCAUCAAAGAGCUAACGGAGCACGUUGAUGGUAAAGCAAACACCCAGAAGACACGAACACAUUUCCACGAAGAGCAGAGUGACGACGAAGUGCCAGAAGAGUUUGCCGAGCGGGAGGGCGCGUAUGAUUCAUCGUCUUCCAGGAAUUUCGAAUAUCUCAAUGACGGAAAGGGUAAAUUCGAUUACCUCUCGGACAAACUCGCCAAGGACCGAACAUAUCUGCAGAUCACUCAAGGCAGUAAUCGUCUAUCGUCAGACUACCGUACCCACGACGACGGAUACUCACGUCCCAUCGAGAACACUGACAGAGCCUCUCGAUGGCUUGACGAACAUUUCGUGGAAGAGGAUCGACAACGAGUUAUCAAUGUGGACACUCGCAGCACUCGUGACUCUCGCGAUUACGAUUUCGGAAAUUAUCACCGAGUUGCAGACCUGAGGGACAGUAGAGACUCACGUUUCAGUGAUCACCGCGACAGCCGUUACAGUGACCAUAGAGACAGUCGGGUAGAUCAACGCAGACAUGAGACUGUUUACGCUGAUAUUCGACACUCUUCCGAUUACCAUCGUGACAUCGACAGAGGCCAUUCUCCGAUCGUGACGUCGCCUCACUCGACGUUGAAGUCUGUGCGAAACGAAGACUACAGGACCCACACUUGGCGGUCAUCUGGUGUCGGAGAAGAGCCCGACAUUAGGUACACGGUACGCUCCCCCGAUUCCACACUAUCGACAGGGAGUCGCCCGUCUCGUACGUUCUACUUCGGAGCAACUGGUCACACGAAUGAGACGCCAUCAGCUACGUCGCCCCUGAGCGCGCCCUCACUCGUCAAGAAGAGCAGCUUUAAUUUAAGAGGACGAUGA